AUGUCGAAGCUCAGAAUACUGGUGCCCGUGAAGCGGGUCAUUGACUAUGCUGUCAAACCCCGCGUCAACAAAGCGCAAACAGGCGUGGAAACCAACGUCAAGCACAGCAUGAACCCCUUUGACGAAUUAUCCGUGGAAGAAGCCGUGCGAUUCCGCGAACGGAAACUCCCCGUGGAAGAAAUCGUCGCCUUCAGCGCCGGCCCCGCCAAAUCGCAGGACAUUAUCCGCACAGCCAUGGCCAUGGGAGCGGAUCGCGGGAUUCACGUGGUAGAAGAGAAGACGGAAUUGGAACCUCUCGGAAUUGCAAAGCUCCUACAAAAAGUCGUAGAAGAGAACAAGAGCAAUCUGGUCAUUCUAGGCAAGCAGAGUAUCGAUGAUGAUUCUGGCCAGACGGGACAAAUGCUCGCUGGACUGCUCAAGUGGCCGCAAGCAACGCAAGCGAGUAAGGUGGAGUUUGACGGGGACAAUGUGACGGUGACGAGAGAGGUGGAUGGUGGAGUGGAGACGUUGAAGACGAAGCUGCCGAUGAUCAUCACGACGGAUUUGAGGUUGAAUGAGCCGAGGUAUGCGAGUUUACCGAACAUCAUGAAGGCGAAGAAGAAGCCUUUGGAGAAGAAGACGCUGGCGGACUAUGGAAUUGAUGCCACGAGGAGGCUGAAGACGGUCAAGGUCGAGGAGCCGGCACAGAGGCAGGGAGGCGGCAAAGUGGAGGAUGUCGAUGGCAUGAUUAGCAAGUUGAAGGAGUUGGGUGCGUUGUAG